GUGGUCGAGCGCGCGCCCGCUCGGUGGGCGGAGCCGGGAAGCGGAAGGUGUUACAUUUCCCACAGGUACAGGACCGCAGAGUGAUGGUCCUCUCCAAGCGAGUGUCAUUGUGGUCGGUGGAAGAAGUGCUGGAGUGGGUGCAGGACCAGCACCCAAACCACUUGGGCACGCUCCAUAAAGCCAUAAUAAAACACGCCAUAUCAGGCCGCGCAUUGUUGAGAUUAAAGGAUCAUCACCUGGAGCUGCUCGGGUUGGAGGGCAAAGAGAAGCAGCAGGAAAUCUGGCAGGACCUCCUCCUCCUCAGAGUUCAAGAGGAAAUCGAUGAACUCAAUGACAUCUGCUCUGAGUGUUUUUCUUCAUAGCUGGAGAUGAAAUGCGGCUUCCUUUUUCAUUUCCCAUCCAUUGAUUGGUCCAUGUGAAGGAGGGAGAAAAGAUGGAGUGAUGGAAACAUAAGUGAACGAGAAAGAAGAAUCAAUGAAGAGAAAAAGAAACCCAUUUCCUUUGUGAAAUCUGACCUGUGCAGAUGGAUGAGAUUCGUCUUUGUCUGAGGCCUGCUGUCCAUUAGUCUCCGUCUUCUAUCUGCCGUGCGUUUGCACCCUGUCACUGUAUCAAUGUUUUCACCUAUACGUUGGUCAAACCACUAUAGUCAAGACUUGUUUGCGUAUCGCAACGGCAACUUUAAUAAUUGUAAUAGACCUUCACGUCCCCCUCGGGGUGUCUUUUAAAUAGUUGAUUUUUACUUUAGCGCCACAAUUUAGUCAAAAAUGUAAUUUGUAUUGACCAAAUACCUGCAAAACUAGCGACAGGCUUCGCUGCACGUCAGUGAUGGUGAGCACUAAUAGGCCCAUCUCACAGCGGCCGAUUUGACAUGUAAUUGCAGGGUAAACAUAUGUGUAAUUAAUAACACUAAUUAUGGCCCUGUUCCAUCUAGGUGAGGACACUGGCAUUAUGUAUGCUGGCAAAUUGGAUGACUGUGACACACUAAAUAGCACGGCAACAUAAUUAAUUUAAUCAAUUAUAGCUGCGUUUACCCUGCUGUGACAAGACAAAAUGGCAGACGUGAUUAAGGAAUAUUAACAUAUAGCACGCAAACACUCUGUACAAGAUACGGAACAUGGUAAACAUUAUACUCCCUAACACGUCAGCUUGUUAACAUAUUCAUUUUGAAGGAUAAUAGUCCUUUAGCUCAAAGCAACUCUCUGCCUCGUGGCUGUCGACUCCACAUGAUUUAUUAUCAGAAAAAUAGCAAAAAAAUAUUCACAUCAGUUCCCCUGUAUAAUUUAAGUAAAAAGCUUUUAUCAAAUUGAAUAAUAUCAUAAUAUCAGGUAAAUUAAUUUAGCUAUAUAAAUGUGAGACUGCAACCGGUUCAACUAAGUCAAACCUAAUGAAUGGACCCGUGAUAAUAAAACAAGGCCCGAAAGUAAUCAACAACCAACAAUGUUGUAAACGUAUUAGAUCAUGUGUACUACAAGGAGCUCUACUGAGUGAUUGCGCCCGUCAAUAGGAAAACAGGGAAAUUAUAGGAAGGUAAAGAAAGAAUAAAUAGAUGUGUUUCCAUUUAAGCAUUUCAAUGUGUUGAAUACAAAUGUCCUAUUAGCCUUUUCUUUUCUUGGUCGCACACAUUCCUAGACUGAAAGUCAUUGUAAAAUCUGUCCUCUGGUCUUUGACUGAGAAACCACACACAAUACUCUGUUUCCCUGGAGUGAAGAUUGAAAAUAUUUACAGAAAAAUAUUCUACUUUCUCGAUUUUUAUGUGUUUUUUAUACAUAUACCGGUUGUGUGAUUAAUCCUUGCAUUUACAACUCGUCAAUGUCUUACAUGUAAGUGGUCCAGCAUCAGCUUCAUUUUCCAAAAUGCCCUAUUUCCUUUAUGUAUGAUGUUGGCCUCAUUUUAAAGUGUAUUCGAGGCCUCCACAUAUUUGCACCACUUACGGUAGAAGGUUGUGUCUAUUUCUGAACAUGCGGCUGUGGAAAAGCUACAAUAUGUUUGCUCUAAUUAAAAGUGCCGCUUUGGCAACACAA